AAGGCGCGCUGGUGUGGGGCCGCCCCUUCUCUCGGGGCUGGCUCGGGAGUAGCGCAGUCGCCAAAGCCGCCGCUGCCAAAGCCGCAGCCACUAGCCGGGUAUGGCCAUGGCGUCCCCGGCCAUUGGGCAGCGCCCGUACCCGCUACUCUUGGACCCCGAGCCGCCGCACUAUCUACAGAGCCUGAGCGGUCCCGAGCCGCCGCCGCCGCCCCCCGACCGGUCCUCGCGCCGCUGUGUCCCGGCGCCCCUCUCCACUGCGCCCGGGGCGCACGAGGGGCGCAGCGCCCGGAGGGCUGCCCGGGGGAACCUGGAGCCCCCACCCCGGGCCUCCCGACCCGCUCGCCCGCUCCGGCCUGGUCUGCAGCAGAGACUGCGGCGGCGGCCUGGAGCGCCCCGACCCCGCGACGUGCGGAGCAUCUUCGAGCAGCCGCAGGAUCCCCGAGUCCCAGCGGAGCGAGGCGAGGGGCACUGCUUCGCGGAAUUGGUGCUGCCGGGCGGCCCCGGCUGGUGUGACCUGUGUGGACGAGAGGUGCUGCGGCAGGCGCUGCGCUGCGCUAACUGUAAAUUCACCUGUCACCCAGAAUGCCGCAGCCUGAUCCGGUUGGACUGCAGUCAGCAGGAGGGUUCAUCCCGGGACAGACCCUCUCCAGAAAGCACCCUCACCCUGACCUUCAGCCAGAGGAAGUGGCUUCAGAACUGCUUUGCGCGAGGGGCAGGAAAGGCGCGGGAGGCGGGGGAGGUGCGGAGAUGGCGCUCUGCACCGCGGCGGAGGGAGGGCGCUGGCGCCGGGGACACGAAACCGCAGAGCCCGGACGAGUCAGGGAGUGAGGCACGAGUCGGGCGCCCGGGGCUCUGCAGGCACAGGCGGCGCGGGGACUGGAGCAGGUUACCCGGCCGCCCGAGCGCUCGCACCCCGCUGAAAGAAACACAGGCGGCCCGCCGGCUCUGCCUGGCCCGCUACCCGACCGGCUCCGGGCUCAGGGCUAGGGGCUCACGCCAAGCGGAGCCCGGUGAGCGGUGCCCACCUCCCUCCGCCGCAUCCCGAGGCCGGCCCCCUCUGAUGCACUGGCGGCCGCGUCUGGGGACUCUGGGCUAG